AUGUUCUUUUUUGGACCCGAGAGCGACAAACCCCGGCCAGAAGUAAGUCAAGACAUUCCACCUCAAGCAUAUUCGCCCGAGAAUUCGGGUAGUGUACCUCGGAAGCAUCCCCGCGACAGCCUUAUCAACGGUUUGUCGGAACCUACCACUCAGCCAGCCCCCAAGCGGAGUCGAAAGACUGCCGCUGGCUCUGAACGAAAUGGAAGCUCGACGAGGAAGCCCUCAGGUGCCGCCGCCACUCAGACGCCGUCGGGUUCUGCAAUGGAUGUUGAUAUCCCCAACGGCCAUCCGCCUUCGAUCAGUGAUGUCAGAUCACCUUCUGCUACUGAACCCGGUCUCGAUGAGAAUGGCAUGCAUGUCAAUGGCAUUAAACACGAUGAUCGUAUGGACGUAGAUGACGAUCCAUUGGACGCCGACCGUCAGGCCGUUGAACCGAGUGCCGAGCUUAUUGCCCUUCCUUUGCACACAUUGUCGAACGGUGCCAGUGUCGGAGUUCAAGUUGCGCCCGCUAAAGUUGCCAAUCUUUCCCCGUCAACACUUGUACUUAGCACUCAGGACGUGCCCGCGGCAGGAUCACCUCGACCCCCUCGGCAUGUUACAAGAGUCUCAUGGCGUCCUGGUCACCCGAAUGUUGUCACCGCAAUGGGUGAUGAUUUCUGCGGGACUUGGAAGCUCGAAGAUAGGACCGCCAAAACAGAAAAUGGAGUUCCAUUCCAGGCCCUUGUCGAAUCUGCCCAGUCUGAGUUCAUGAGUGCGCUUGCUUGGGAACCCAAUGGAGAAGUUUUCGCCCUGGCCACCUACAGCAACCAGACCGGCCAAUUGCAUCUCUUUGAUGGACAAGAACUUGCUUUGCUGGAAGCUUUACCUGCCUCACAAAGAGCAAUCACAUCCUUGCGAUGGCAUGGACGAGGUUUGCGCCUACUUGGAAUCGCGCCAUAUGACACUGAUGGCAAGAGCACCACCGACAGCAGUGGCUCAUCCAUCCUCUUGUGGGAUUUGUCCAAGGGACCGAACUUGGGCGGGCCAUUGUCGAUCUCGGUCCCAGAAAUACUGGUAGACAUGGACGCCGCCUCCUACGGUGGAGAGGGCAUCGUGUGCGCCGCCGGCCAGCACUCGGUCUAUCUUUGUCGAGCAUUCUCGAACCUUGAGGUUGCGGAAAGAUGGACAUCCGACGCCAAUGGAAACGACCAAUGGACGUUUAUCAGAUGCGCCUGGCACAGUAGUGACGCUAUCCUUGUCGCUGCAUCGGCUGAGACUCGCUGUAUAUGGAUGCCAAGUAAAGGCGUCACAAGGAAAGAUGCACACGAAGGUCCCAUCACUGCACUAGAACUACGCCCCAGGGUGGCUUCCUCGACAACAUCGGCAUGGAAACAAGAGUUUGCUACGUCUUCCAUGGACGGGACUGCCAAAGUAUGGAGAUACGACCCAGACAACUCCGCAAUCCUGUGUACCUAUAAAUUGACCAUCGGUCACGCAUCACCUCUUAUGACUCUGUCGUAUUCACCUGAUGGGUUCUGUCUAGCAGGUGCGAGCUACGACAUUAUUCGCAUCUGGAAUGCUGAACAUGGACACAAUCAUAUGGCGACUUGGAGGGGUGAAUCGGACGGUUGGAAUGGUUCACAACUGAGAGACGAUGACAUCAUGAGCGUGGGAGGCGUUUCAAGCCUGAAUGGAGAUGCGCUUCAGACAAGUGCAGACCACACUUUGACUUGGGAUUCUGAGAGUAAAAAACUGGCCUUUGGCCUGGGUUCACAGGUUGCCAUUGUCGACUUCCAGCGAUGA